GAGCAUCUGAACACAGGAGUUUAGAAUGUGGCAUUAUGUGUUUGGUUAAAUUAAUGCCGGGACUAUUCGCGUCUGUUUUUUUCUUUCUCUCUGGAGUUCCCCUUAUUCUGUGUGUCACCUGUGCUACCACGUUGAAUUGUUCUACUCCAGAUUUUAACGUGACACGUGCAAAAUUACCGCAUUCCGAAACCACUGAAAGGAUUACCAACUCGUCUACGAGUGAAGAACAUAUAGAGCUAUCAUCCACAGAAAGACGGAGGCUUUGGGCACAGAAUAAACGUUUUUUCCGUUCAGUUAAACCACAGGAAAUCUAUGAUUCAAUUGCACAUCCACUCUUAUCUGACCCCCUUUUUGACCCGUCUAUUCUUACAAUAGAUGCAGCCCGUGUGAUUCAGUCUUCUGCCUGCACACCACAAGAACGUCAAGAUCGAAUUCAGUGUUUCGAUGUGCUACCUCAGGAUCAGUAUUCCGUCCCACUGGGUAAUACAGUUAACAUGCAAUGCGUGGUUUUGAAUCAGCACGGGAAAGUGCAGUGGCGUGCUAAAAAGAUUCUUCUUGGUUACGAUCGUUCUCUUCCUGGCUAUCCCCGGUAUCGUAUCAUUGGUGACGUUGGAAGGGGCCAACACACACUUCAGAUCAUGGAUGUCCAGCUGGAAGAUGCUGGAGAGUAUGAGUGUCAGGUGACACCGGUUCCAGCAAAUAACCACCCUUUAUUACGGAGAAAGACGGAGUUAGUCGUUCUUGUAAAGCCCUCCGUUCCUCGAAUCUUGUACCCGGACGUUCCGCCACCCGAUAAUCAGCUGAUUAUUUCACAGCCCGAUCCUAUCGUGCGUAUUACUGUGCUGUGCGUCACAGUGGGCGGUAGCCCGGCGCCAAGUUUCACCUGGAUCAUCAACAACCGAGAAAUUCCUGUGAAACCACUUCAGGCUUUGGCUGGUCGACACGCGGAUAGAGCUCCACCUGGACCACCUCGCAUUAUCAGCCCGGAAACCAAGUAUGAAUAUUUGGAAGGUGAGGAGCUGAAAGCUGUGUGUGUUGCCUCCCCGCCUGGAAAUCCGUUUGGUGGGCUUUUCUGGCGUUGGCUACUGCAGCCAGCUCAAGUUGGUGAUCAAAAGACUGGUCGUAUUAUUGGAUUUGGUGGACGAGGAGGAGCCAGAAUGAAUGAAUACAGUGCUGUUGAGGCCUACUUGAGGACUGCUGAGCAUCUUGGCUCUCAAUCAGCUGAUGAAAUGAGCCAAGGCAUGAGCGAUUUAAUAUCUGAGGAUGUCCAACCUCUUCAUUACACGCUGAAUAAGGAGAAGGAUCAACUGAUUAAUACACUGGUAAUUCCAAGAAUAACUCGUCGUUACCACGCAGCAAAACUCAUUUGUGAAACCGGUCAUCCUGUCGGAAGCGCCCAUCAAACCAGCAUUGAGAUAUUUGUAAAAUAUGCACCAGCAAAUGUGACAAUAAGCGUCGAUGGUGGGUCGGUACGCGAAGAGUUGGUGAGCGGUCGUCGGGAGUCUGUAGUCUACGGUCAGGCUGGGGAGAUUAAAACUUUAAUAUGCAGAACCAGCCCAUAUUUCAAACAGGCUAACAUCAAGUGGAUUACGCAGUCCUCUGAUUCAGGUCCCAUGAAACCUCCAAGACAACUGUUCGGUCAAACAAAAAUAAUGCGAACGCCGGAUGGGAAAAGCUGGCUGCAGGAAUCUCGUGUGGAUGUUAAAAUUAGCGAGGAGGACGAUCGAGGAUAUGUGGACUGUAGGGUGUGGAGCGAAGGAGAUUUACGAGUGGACGCCCGAGUGCGCAUGGAUAUCAUAUACCCCCCAGGCGUGCCAGUCAUCACUGGCUAUCGGAAUCUGCAACCAGUGAAAAUGGCACACUCGCUGGAGAUGACCUGCGUAACCUCCGGGGGAAAUCCUCCGCCCGAGUUGGCUUGGUUUCGAGAUAAGCAGCAGUUACCCAAUUCGGAAGAAGUUAUUUUACUAGGACGACAAAGCAGCCUGAAACUAAAGUUGGUACCUCAGAGGGAUGACAACGGUGCACACUACCACUGUGCUGCGAGAAACGCAGCUACUGGAAAUGUUGGCAUUGCAAGCGAGGCUGUAGUUCUCAACGUCGUUUUCCCACCCCAAGGAGUGUCCGUCAAUUUCCAUGGGCCUUCUGUCGUUCCAAGUGGACAACCGCUUGUAAUCAGUUGUCAGGCUGAUUCAUCCAACCCGGUGGCCAUCAUUAAUUGGUGGCAUUUUCGUUGCGGACCCGCCCACGCAUUUUCACAAUUCAAAGCAUCGAAAACAACCGUUGAGGAAGUGCUUUAUGAACGAAAACCUCCAGAAAGAGCGAAGUGCAAAUCUGAAAAACUGGAGGAAUUCCUACGUUCAUAUCUUAUUGCACACCGUACAUUCAUGCCUAUAGGUACGGAAGAAAACCCUGUUCCCGGUACUGCUGGUGGCCUAAAGGCGCAAAGUCGGUUGUGGCUUCGACCGACAUGGCAUUAUCACAUGGAUUAUAUCGAGUGCAGAACUGAAAAUCCCGAAUAUGGCCCUCCCGUGUGGCAUGAUCGCCUUCAGUUGAAUAUCACAUUUGCUCCACAGUUUCUUGGUCUGCAAACACGGAAGGAACACGUGAUUCGUGAAGGUACAACGGUGAAUCUAGAUUUAGGUCCGUAUUCCAACCCUCCUGUGACGUCCGUCAGCUGGUUCGUUGAAGGGCGUCCAAUUCCACCAGAAACCACGCCCGCUGCUGCUCGGACAGGGGUGCACACUUCAGGUCGACUGGGUGAACUUUUGGCUUUACACAAGAUCAGUCGGACCCACAUGGCAAAUUACACUAUUGUGGCUAGAAAUGACAUAGCUGAAUCCAGUGCAGUAUUUUUUCUCAAUGUGACAUUUCCGGCAAGUUUAGCUGGUGCGGCAGAAGAGAAUGUGACACAAACCACUUCCGACCAAGUUACACUUGUGUGCCAGGCGACGGCUAAUCCCUCGAUUGCCACACAAUCAUUCACCUGGUACCGGUAUGUUCCACCCCCAGGAUGGCCACAGGAUGUGAACGAAGCCGAAGUACAGUUGAGUGCUCCAAUGUCUUGCAACCAAUCCGAUGCGGGUCCUUCAGUUGAUGACAAAUAUUUUAUUCACUGCCAACGGGAUGAUUCCGUUCAUAUGACUAGUCGCUUGAGCAUUUAUCGGAUAAACAGGGAUGACGUUGGAACAUAUGUUUGUGAAAUAAACAACGGCUUGGGAGACCCAGUACGGAAGAAUAUACACUUUGUCUACCAUUUUACUCCAAGUAUCGUUCGGUUGCCUCGGUAUACAAAGGCUGCUGGUGAACAAGGCUCAACCGUCACUCUGACUUGUCUCGUUCGGACGGAGCCAACGCCACAGAUCGGAUGGCUUAAGGCGGGGCAGAUGAUCCACGAUUCACAACGUGAAGGAUCAGGCGCACUAACUCAAAAGCAUCAAACCCAGUUUCUCCGUAUUCGACCUGGCUUGUACAAAUCUACAUUGACAGUGACUAAUCUUCAGAAAACGGAUUUUGGUGUGUACCAGUGUCAGGCAGUAAACAUCAAGGGGGAAGCUAUGCUGGAAGUCAGCCUGUCAGGUACUUCCACUCCGGACGUCCCACUCAAUCUGAGGCUCCUUAAUUCUACAGCCAAUUCAUUACGAGUAGCAUGGACGCAGGGCUUUGACGGUGGUUUGACGCAAACCUUUCAGGUGCGUUGGAGACUAGCCACAGGCUCGAACAAUAUGUUCAAAUACGCAGAUGUGGCAGCGAACGAUAAUCACCACGCCGUGGAAUACCUGAUAACUGGUCUUGAAAGUGGGACAGAAUACCAGGUCAGUGUCAAUUCAAUGAACGCCAAACACGGAGCGAGUGCACACACGGACUUCAUUCACGUGCGCACCGAAGCAUUCGACCGCGAGCCAGGAUCGCCAUUGGUACCCCCACUUUCAAGUGCUGGACCAUCCGAUGACAACGCCCUGUUGAUAAUUGUUGCCGCAUGCGUCUUCGGAUUCGUCGUACUAAUCAUCAACUUGGUAGUGGUUACAUUCCUAGUCAAGCGGCGAAGGCAACGCAGACAAAUGGCCAGGCAGAUCAAAGUGCGUCAUUCACAGCACUCGCCAAAUAUGGCUAUGGGUAAUGGGUGUAACAGAGGGUUCCACGGUGGACACACCAGUGAUCGAGGUGGUACAUACAGAGCAAAAAUGGGACUCAAGUCUGUGAAUGAUCCUUUCACAACAUCUUUUAUGUCGGACAAUUCAGGAAGUUGUAUAUGCUGUCCACAACGUCCUCACAAACCUGGAGGCUCAAGCUAUGUAAAAGCUGACUGUUUCGAAAAUUUUACGAGGUCGAAUGAACAUGGUCCACAAUACUUCAUGACCCAGCCCACCAUAUCUGAACGGGACACUGGUUCUUUACACCAGUUCUCUGAUCAAAGAAGUCAACUGUUAUGCGGACAGGAACAAACCCCUGAUUUCGGACACAUAUCAGUCAAUCAGUUAACAAACAAUUUUCCACUGAACCAUUCAUACCACAGUUCUUCUGGGGCAGAGCAUGGUAAGUUUGGAACUACUGGACGCCAUCAGAUGGAUGCUGGUUCUUCACGCCCAUUGUUACACUCUGACAUUCCACAAAGCCCUCAAAGCCUCUUCGGUCCUCAGAGUGAUUUGUUCUUACCUCAUCAGUCUACCGAUAUGAACGCUCGAAGCCAGUUCGGAAAAUUUACUCCGCGUCAGUUGGUCCAACACCCCCGAUAUUCCGAGUUCCAUGAACAGGCGGAGAUGAAUAUUCCUCAGCCCAUACACUUAUCCCGCGAAUAUCUACAUUAUAACAAAUCAAAUAUGCAAAACAGUUCAUCAAGCGCACACAAAAGUAUGGUGGACCUGCUUUGGUCGAAACAUAAUGAAAACAACACUGGAACGAUGGGACCCCUGUUUCGCCCAACUCGUCCCCACUUCAAGUCCUCCCCCAGUGCUGAGUUCCUUGCCAAUGACUUUGGAUAUCGGCCAAAAUAUAAACAUUCUUUGGCUACGUUUGAAUCUGCCACGCACAUUCCUCAAAUGACAAGAAACAUGCAUAUGGUACCAGGCUCACCACGAUCGCGCAAUAUCAGAACUCGCCACCUGACAUGUUCCUCUUAUGGAGAACAAGAUCACUUUUCAGAUGGCGACAAUGGGUACGACAAGGAUCGCUAUGCGGCAGAACUUCGACGUUUACAAUACGGUGGCGGUCCAACUGUCGAACUUCUUCUAGGAAACAAUGGUCGCUCUCAAGGUACACCAAGAAUGGAUGGCGUUGACGAACUGCAUCCAACGAAAAGAAAUCUCCUUUAAACGCGGCAUGCUACAUCCACUCCGUUACCGACCGAUAGAAUUCAUAUGUGUACCUUCAUCACUGGCAAAAGUUCACAGAAUUCCACCGCAGACUAUCAUAAUUAACACAAAACUCGGUGUUCUUCACUUAGACCAACAACACUCACUAUAUCAGUAAACCGUUUCACUGACCAACCGGGCGCCCUCCACAGGAGCAUAAUUUCGAAUGAACUGCUCAUGUACACAAUAUGGACCUGACCAACUAUAUAUAUAGAUACGCAAAUUUUUUUACCUCAAAUUCAUUCCAUUUUUACACUGCUCAUAGGAUGCUCGAUUUGCCAAACAAUUUGUACAGAAGUUGAUUCCAAGCAUAUCCUUCUUAGGUCAUUUGGACCAUUUACACUCCCACCCCCACCCAACGUUCACUAAAUUUUCACAAUCGCUAAGUAGCUAACUAGCAAGACAACGGUCCGGACUCUUCUUCCCCCAUUACUGCCUCAUAUUUGUGUGGGUCCAUAUGUGACCCAG